AUGCGACCCAGAAUUUUCGCACCGACAUAUUCAUCUCAUCUGCAGGCCCCGGCCAACACGCCUGCGGAGUGGCAGCAUGACAGCUACAGCGAUGGCGACGACGGCUGGAGCGCGGAUGACGAGUAUGAGGACUACGAGAACAGUGACUACUGGCCUGGGGCGUACUACGAAUGA